AUGGUGUGGCCUUUCUCCGGAUCCAAGAGGAUCCACAACUACGACAAGAUCCAGGCCCACCUCCAGGCUCGAGAUCGCGCUCUGGCCCUGGCACUGCCCCCCUCUUCGACGGUCGGCAAGGACGAGAUCGAAAAGAGCCUCAACGGCUCAGACGCCGGCGAGUAUGUGCUCAACGGCAUGGACAUCAGCAUCAAACCCCUCGAUCGCCAGAUUCUCGCCGCCGACUUCGCCUCAAUCACAGGUGGGAUCGAAACCAGGCGCUGGACGGCCGUCGAUGUCCUCGCCGCAUACAUCCGCAGCGCCAGGCGAGCUCAUAUCCGCACAAACUGCAUCACCGAAGUCAACCUCGACCAUGCCCUCGUGCGUGCGGCCGAGCUCGACAAGUACUUUGAGCAGACGGGCAAGCUGGUCGGCCCGCUUCACGGCGUGCCCAUCUCGAUCAAGGAACACUACAACAUGAAGGGCGUGCCGCUUUCGCUCGGCUUCACAUCCUGGUUUACCAAGCCGGCUCCAACCGAGUCGGCCUCAAUCGUCCUGCUCGCCGAGCACCUUGGCGCUAUCCCCUUUGUCAAGACAAACAUCCCGCAGACGAUGCUGGCGUUCGAGUGUCAGAACCCCGUCUUUGGCAGAACACUCAACCCAUACUCGCCCCACCACAGCUGCGGUGGGUCCUCGGGCGGCGAGGCCGCGUUGAUCGCCAGCGAUGGAUCGCCUGCGGGCGUCGGCUCCGACAUUGGUGGAAGCCUGCGCAUCCCCAUCGGCUACUGCGGCCUCUACUCGCUCAAGCCGAGCGCCAAUGUUUGGCCCAUGGCAGGCAGCGCCGACUUUGCCAAGGGCUUCGAAGGCAUCACGGCGGUACCAGGCCCCAUCACCCGAUCCGCUCAGGACCUUGAGGCCUUCCACUCUGCGAUCGUCCAGGCUUUGCAGCCUCCCAGGCCCAGAGUGACUGCAGGCGAUGCAGAGCAGGCUGGUGACGAGCUUGCCAUCGCCACCGUCGAGCACGACAGGCUCAUGAAACAGGUCGGCCUUGCCGGAACCAUCCACAGCUCAUACAAUCCCACCUGGCUCCAGCCGCUCAAGGUCGCAGAGAAGCGCGGCACACCGCUCCGAGUCGGCUACUAUUUCACCGAUGGCUUCAUCAAGACCACCCCGGCCUGCUACCGAGCGGUCAAGGAGUCGAUCGAAGCCCUGCGAGCCAAGUACCCCAGCCAACAGGUCGAGCUGGUCGCCAUCGCGCCCAAGGACGUCCAGCCCGUCGAGGGACUCGAGCACUUCCUCGGCCUCAGCUCGGCCGAUGGCUACGACUACCUCACCGUGCCGCACCUGGGCAAGGACCGGGCUGAUCCCGUCCUGAUGCUGCCUCUCCUGCUGGCGAGGCUUCCAGUCUUUUUGAAGAGGAUCAUUGCCUUCAUCGCGCGUUUUGUGCUGAGGGACGCGAGGAUGGCGAGGCUGGUCCUGGCCGCGGGCAGGAGAAGCGCGAAGAAGUACUUCCAAGUCACCGAGAGCCGCACCAAGUUCUGCGACGCCUGGAAGAAGCGGGUGUGGGACGCUUACGAGCUCGACGCCAUCAUCUGCCCGGUCCAGGCCUCGCCGGCCGUGCCGCACGGCGGCGCGACCAACCUGGCGAUGAUGUGCAUCGCCACGGCACUCUACAACAUCCUCGACUGCGCCGUCGCCACCUUGCCCGUGACGCGAGUCAGCGCCGAGACCGACUCGCACCGGGCCGCCGACUUCAAGAACUCCGACACCGCCGAGGCCACGAGGAGCACCUACGACGAAUGGUCGCAGGACCCAGAGCUCAAGAAAUGCAGCCACCUCGUCAACUUUGAGCUGUACACGCAGGGUGUUUACGACGCCAAGAAAAUGGCGGGACUGCCAGUCGGCGUGCAGGUGGUGGCUCGACCGUAUGAGGAGGAAAAGGCGAUCGGCAUCAUGAGGCUGCUCGAUGAUGCUCUGCCUCCCGCCGCUCAGAGAGGAGGCGGCUGGGUCGACCAGGUCGACAGGAAUGGUCGCGCGCUCGAAGGCGCCAAGGCCACCAAGGUUCGCUGCGCCGGUUUUGGCCCCGGCAGCUACACUGAGCAGGUGUAUGGUCAGGCCAAGGCCUGA